AUGUGCUCACACUUGGCAGAGGGAAAAGUCGCGACGGCAGAAGUAGCUGCCAAAGUGGAUGAAGAUCCACCUUUGGACCAGUUGAUGAGAUUGGUUUCUGAAUCUGAAAAGGACGUCCAAAAGGGUGACAGUGUGGUGUACUGGAUGCGGAUGGAAGAUGUCAGAAUCGAAGACAAUACCGCUUUUGCGCUUGCAGGCAAGAAGGCGGAGGAGCUCGGUGUGCCUUUGAUUGUGCUCUACGUACUUUCCCCUGGAGAUUAUACUUGGCACGACAGGUCUAGCAAGAAGAUCGAUUUCAUUCUUCGUAACUUGCGAUGGCUCAAGCCAAAACUUGACGAACUCAACAUUCCGCUAUAUAUCAAAUCCUAUGACAAGCGUCUUCAAAUACCUCGAAGACUGGUAACGGAGGUCUUCCCAGAGCUCGGGGCGAAUCACGUCUUUUGCAACAUCGAAUACCAGAUCGAUGAGCUCCGCCGAGAUAUCGCAACGGUGAAGCGAGGCAGAGAGAAAGGGAUCGAGGUGGUCCCUGUCCACGACAGAUUGGUCGUACCUCCUGGCAAAGUCAUGAGUAAAGCCGGGAAGCCCCUAUCAGUGUACAGUCCAUGGCAAAGGGCUUGGGCAGACCUGCUGAGCAAGGACAAGACGUAUCUUGAGAUGUCUGAUAUUCCCAAGGGCAAUGACGCCUCGCUCAAGAAGGAUAAGCGAUUCGGCAAGCUGUUCGAUGUUACGCCCAUCCCGGAUCAUGUCGAGGGCUUUGAAUUGAAAGACUCAGAGGAGGUGCACAAGCUCUGGCCAGAAGGAACGGAUGCUGCAAAAGAGCUACUUCAUCGCUUCUUACAUACAAAGGCUAGGAAACAACAACUUCAGCUCGUUUCGCCCCUGUCGGAAGGAGCGGAAGAAGAUGACAAGAAAUCUCGAUUGAAAGUGUAUCAGGACGGUCGGAACCUGGUAGACGGGGAUCAUUCCUCCAGGCUCAGUCCAUAUCUCGCUUCGGGAGUCAUCAGCGGUCGUAUGGUUUUGAAUGAAGCCAAAACAAUGGGCAGUAAGGGACGUCUAGAAACGGGCAGGGAUACUGGCUUGGGCAUGUGGGUUCAGGAGGUGGCUUGGAGAGAUUUUUACAACCACGUCAUGGCAAUAUGGCCACGAGUAUCUAUGGGUAGACCUUUCCUUGAAAAGUUCGCGGAUGUUCAGUGGGAAGUCAACGAGGACCAUCUCCAAGCCUGGAAAGAUGGAAAGACUGGGUAUCCGAUAGUCGAUGCGGCUAUGAGAGCUUGCGCCGCAAGAGGAUGGAUGGAGAAUCGAGUGAGAAUGGUCACUGCUUGUUUCCUGGUCAAGGAUUUGAUGCUCGAUUGGCGUCUCGGCGAGAAACAUUUCAUGCAGAGCUUUAUCGAUGGGGACCUGGCAGCGAAUAAUGGCGGUUGGCAAUGGACUGCGAGUACUGGUACAGAUCCGCAGCCAUACUUUAGGAUCUUUAACACCCUGACCCAGUCAGAGAAAUGUGAUCCCAACGGCGAUUAUAUUCGAUAUUGGGUGCCGGAACUCAAAAACCUCAAAGGCAAGGCGAUUCAUGACCCUUUCCACUCCUUACCGAGCAACGAAUUUAAGAAGCUUGGAUACCCUGCACCUAUAGUAGAUCAUAAGAAAGCAAGAGAGAGAGCCCUGUUCAGAUACAAGAAUGUGGGUGAGAAGGAGGAUGACAAGUGA